GUCUAGUAGGAAUAUAUGUGAAUGGUACGUUCGCAGAAUCUAAACGCUAUUUCAAAUUUGUUGAUCCAAAAUUUGGACUUAUUCAUCCUAAGGAAGGCUCAGUGUAUGGCACUACCAAACUCAUUAUUUAUGGACAAAAUCUGAAAGUUGGAACUGUUGUCAAAGUUUUCAUUAGUAACAUAAGGUGUGAAGUAUUUUAUUGGGACCAACGUGAAAUAAAAUGUAUUACUCAGCCAUCUUCCAUCAUUAUGGAGGGUAAUGUUACAGUAAAAUUUGACGCUAACAUUCGCACGACUAACUUCAUUUAUAAGUAUAUUAACGUUACUCGAGAUGAAAACGGAUUUAAUAUUAUACCAAAAGGUAUCCCUGCUGGGGGUAUCAAAGUGUCUAUACAUGAUAAUAUAGGCCCGCAUAUAUCAUCAAUUGGUGAAAUGAUUUUCCAAGUGAGUUACAAUGGUCAAACUUAUAAUAGCUCGAAAUGUAAAAAGAAGAAUGCCAUUUUGAUGUCUUGUUUAUCUCCUCGCAUCCCAGAAAUUGACAGCGAUUCGAUAGAUAUAGAAAAUCCAAUAGUAUUGAAUUAUGCGUUAAUAAUCACACCAAAUGAAACAAAUGCUAACACAAGUUCAAUUAAAAUUGAUUCUUUCAAGUUUUUUCUGUACCCCAAUCCAAUUUUUUACAAUUUUUCUAUCGCUGAGCAUGAUGGAAAAUAUCGUGUCACUAUCCGAGGGAAAAAUAUAGGCGAUGCCUGCCAAAAAUGUGAUUUUAAUGUAUCGAUGGGAAACAGUAAUUGCACAGUAAUUUCAAUAUCUCGAAGUUACCUUAUUUGUGAGCUACCAAAAUCUGAUAUAAUACAGCUCACUGUUCAUGAAAAUAUUACAGUACACAUUGGAAAAAAUCUUCAUAAGAUUGUCCCCAAAGUGAAAGAGAGCCCUGAUACAUCCAAGAUCAUCAUAAUAUGCAUCUGCAUACUCGGUUUCAUCAUUGCAACUCCUUUAUUCAUUUGGCUCAUUCGUUAUAAAAAAUUUGUUACAAGUUCAAAACAAAUGCAACAACGAAUGGACAGGCUUGAAAUGUGCGUAGCUGCUGAAUGCAAAGAGGCCUUUGCCGAACUUCAAACUGAAAUAUUCGAUUCUCCAUCAGAUAACUUCACUAAUAGAUUACCAUUUCUCGACUACAGUACAUUUGUGAUGAAGAAUGCAUUUCCCAACAUCGAUGAUCAUUCCAUUAUACUCGGUGUAAAUUCAACACUUAUCCACAGAGAGAAUCCCCUUCAGUUGCUUUAUCGAUUAAUCCACAAUAAAUCAUUCCUAUUGAUAUUCAUCAGGACGUUGGAAAGUCUCGAGAGUUUUUCCAUGAAUGAUCGUGCAUAUGUGGCCUCGUUGAUAAUGAUAGCAUUACAAAACAAAAUGGAGUAUUGUACCGAUAUUCUCAUCACCCUACUCGCAGACCUGAUCAAGAAAUACAUGAAUAGCAAAACUAACCCUAAACUUUUACUUCGACAAACCGAAAGCAUGGUUGAAAAAAUGCUUUCUAUCUGGUUUACCUUCUUACUUUAUGAAUUUUUGACAGAGACUGCUGGAAAACCAUUAUUCAAAUUAUUUAAAGCUAUAAAACAACACAUUAACAAAGGUCCUGUCGAUAUGAUCACACAUGAAGCUCGAUAUUCUCUAAAUGAAGAAAAACUUCUAAGACAAUGUAUUGAUUAUCAUCCUAUAACUGUGCAUGUGAAUGCUACUCAAGAAGAUGCUGUUUUUAUCGGGUUAGAAUCAUCUGUAGACAUGAAACCAGUCAGUGUACUUGAUUGUGAUUCGAUUUCUCUAGUUAAAAAGAAGAUUUUGGAUGCAUUAUGUCGUAAUGUAGGUUUCAGCGAGCGUCCUAAAGUAUCAUCAUUCGAGCUUAAAUGGUGGCACAUGAUUUUAUUAGACGAUGACUCCAGUUCAAUAACUGAAGGAGAUUUAAAACGAAAAAAUACAUUGCUCCAUUACGGCGUUCAAGAUGGUGGAAAACUGAGCCUAAUCUCGAAAAAAACUAUUCACCGCUGGACAUCAAUUAACAGUUAUGCAGGAAAACCAUCCAUCAGCAAUAAGUACAAAUCACUGUCAUCAGAUCCCGACUACAGGUCUUUAUUAUCUCGAAAUAAUACCGAUAAUGAUCGCAAUUACAUGAAGGAAUGGCACCUUGUCAAACCUUGCGCUUCUGAUGAUGAUACCGGAGGUCACGACAGAUAUAAUAAAAUGGUAUCUGAAAUUUACUUGACAAGAUUAUUAGCUACCAAGGGCACAUUGCAUCAUUUUGUUGAUGAUUUAUUCAAGGCCAUACUGAACCAAGAAUCUGAAAGUGACUGCUUUCCAAUGGCUAUUAAGUACAUGUUCGAUUUUCUAGAUUAUCAAGCAUUCAUACACAAUGUCAUUGACCCAGAAGUUGUGCACGCAUGGAAAAGUAAUUGUUUACCUUUACGAUUUUGGGUUAAUUUAAUCAAGAAUCCAAAUUUCUUAUUCGAUGUGCACAAAUCAGAAACUGUCGACUCUUGUCUCAGCGUAGUAGCUCAAGCUUUUAUGGAUUCUUUCUCAACUGCUAAACAUAAUUUAGGCAAAGAUUCGCCUACUUCGAAAUUACUAUACGCCAAGGACAUUCCAUUUUAUAAGGAAUGGGUUAAAAAAUACUACUCGCAGAUUAGAGCCAUGCCUGUUGUAUCACGUGAUGACAUGGAAAGGAUGUUGGCAAAUGAGUCUUCACUCCAUGCUGCUGAUUUCAACAUCGAUGGGGCAGUUUUUAAAUUACACGAAUAUAUGGUGAAGUAUAACGAAGAGUUAAUGGCUGCCUUGGAAAAAGAUAAAUCUUCAUGGAAAUAUUCACUUACACAACAGUUGGAUCAAGUGAAUAAAAUGAUGUCCAUGAAUUUCAAUACUCAAUGUAGAUGAGGUAUAAAUAUUGAGUUCAAAGCAAGGGAUAUAAAUAUUAUUCCUUAUUGGCUCAAAGCUAAGAUUUCUGCGUUCGUUUGGAAUAAGGAAACUUUUUGAACUCAUACUCUCUGAUUUGAAUUAAAAAGACUCAAAGUAACUUGAAGGAGCAUCCCUAUGGGCAAAAUGAAUCGGAUAUAAGGCCGUUAUUUCAGAAGCGCCAACAAAUUAUGCGGCAUCAUGGACGAAAACGUCAACGCGGCAGUUCAAUUGAAAAAGCGGUCUCAUAAUGUUGCGCUCCUACAACUGAUUUCUAAAAAACUGCCGUCUUUGCAAUUAUCGGCCGCAAUGCCGCAUAUUUGUUUGGCGUUUCUGAUAAAGACGUCUGUAGUAGCAAAUUUCUUGGAAACUCUUCUAGGGCAUACGGCCGUUCAAAACUUAUCAAUAUAACGAUCUGCAUGUACACCACCUGAUUUCCAGGAAUGAAGCUAGUCAGUAGUUAUCUACAGAUAAAGCACACUCUUAAUGUGGAGAUUUGCGUCUGGUUUAGGUACAUGAUAAGUUUUCGUCAAUGGUUUUUUUUGGUCAGUUCGUUUCUGUCGUUUGUUUAAUGGUGAUGUUUUUUUACUGCUAAUAUAAGUACUGCUACGAGUAGAUUUUUUAAAAUGUCUUAUGAUUCAAUUUUUAUGAACGCUUUUUUUG